AUGGCCUCAAAUAACCUUGUACGCGGCCAGCCAAUCAACGUACAAGCUGAGCACGGAUUUUUACAUGGCCCAGUAGAGUACAAGGGCGAAAAGGUCAUCCUCACAGCCCGGCCAGACUAUGGAGUCUGGUACGGGACAAACGAGGCCUUGUGUCUCAAUGUACUCAUUGUCGAGGCCAAAAAGUCUGACAUAGAGGCUGGCGCUGCCCAGGCACUGGGCUAUAUGGGAUGUAUACAUCGAGAGCGCAAGCGCUGGCCGAGGCGCGACGCCACAGUAUACGGCAUGGCAACAACCGGGACCAUGUUCUGGUUUUUGAAGAUUUCAAAUGACUCCAAGAACCGGGCUCAGUUCAGGCAUUUCCGAUGGCUACCUUUAACCCCAAGUGUCACCCCAACUCGUUAUACGAUGCUCAGAUGGAAUUACCCCGAUGACGAUGUCACUCCUGAGUUGGCUGAGUCCAAGCAAAGAGACGCUCACCUCAGGACAGAGUGUCUUGCCCGUGAUGAUAACAGAUGUGCUGUGACUGGAUUUCCUGAUAAAGAAAUUCUUGAUCCACGCAUCGAAACCCGCACGGCAUACACAGACUGUGUCCACAUCAUCCCGCUUUCUCUCUCGUCGUGGAGCACGGAGUCUGAAGGCUAUGCGAAAGACAUCAUCUGGACGAACCUUGCUCGUCAUUUCCCAACCCUCCAGUCUAUGAACUUCACUCAGGAGAAUAUCAACAGUAUUUCCAACAGAAUCACCAUGUCAAACGAGGUGCAUUACCACUUUCGGCGAUUUGAUAUUGCUUUCGAAGAGACCUCCCGCACUGACAGAUACCGCAUUCAAAACUACCGCCCAAGACUGAAAUCAAUCUCAAGCUUGUUUCAGUUCGUUAGAUUCAAGUCUUAUGACCAAAGAUACGAUCUUCCGAGCCCCGAGCUCUUUAAGGUCUAUGCAGUUCUUGCGCGCAUCUUUCAUGCAUCUGGCGCAGCGCAGCAGAUUGAAAAGACACUCAAUGACCGAGACAGGUAUUGCAUGCUAGCAAGGGAUGGUAGCAAGGAUAUUUCUUCCAUCUUGGCCGUAACAACACUAGGUGUCUUCGCUUCCGGUGGCAGCAAUGUUCAACAGACUGGCGCAGCGUUCCAGGAUUCUGAAACAGGUGCCCAGAGUGUUCAAAAGUCACCGUUGACUAAUCCAAAAUUUGACGAUCCUGUCAAGUCAUCAAUCGAUGGCCUAGCGACACCUGCUGCAAUGGCUGCGCUGCACCCUGAGGCUUCCUCCAUAUCUCGGAAUGGAGGAAUCCAUAAACAAUGUCGGCUGAGCCGACGCCAAAAGAAGACAAUGGGACAAAGGGCAAAGAAACGGCUGCCCAAGAAAAGAAAGAAGAGCAUGUAUUAG